UCCCCUGAUUCAUUUCUGAGUGCUCGAGGCUGAGCUAGCUACCUAGCACCCUCGCCCAAGUCACUUCCUCCAUUUCUUUGUCUCAGUAUCUGUGCCCCAAACCCAAGACCACCCACCCACCCACCUACUUGCUUUUCUGCAUUUUUAAUCCUUCUAUUAUAUUCCCAUGCUUCUUCCUUCUUAAUCACUUUCUUAAUUCCAUUGCUCCCCUCUACCCUGAGUUUUGGGCCUUGCCAUAGAUUAUCACUGAUUUUCGUUCUUCAUAGUAUCUUCAGAAUGCUUUCUGUGAGGGAUUUUUGGAGGCGGCAUAGGAGGAAGGUUUUCGUCACUGUUGGUGUUUUAGGAAGUGGGUAUCUUUUGUAUAAGCUCUACGGUGCUCACAGGCAUGGGGUUCAGGAACUUGAAAGAGAACUCGCAGUUCAGAGGGAAACUGAGGAGCUUAUGAAGGCUCAGAUGCAAGCUCACUUUGAGAAUAUUCAGAGGAUGUCUGAUGUAACAUUGCCGCAUGCUAUGCACGAGUUAAGUUGUCGGAUCACAGAAGAGUUGGAUCUUUCUCACCUUCUUGAAAGGUUAAUACAAGGAAAGGGUCAACCAAACACCUUAACCCAAUCAGAGAAACUAGAUUUAUGGAGUAGACUCAAAAUUCUAAGUUUUACAAGAAUGACAUUGUCAGUAUGGGCUACAACAAUGCUUAGCUUAUAUACAAAAGUUCAAGUCAAUAUACUAGGAAGGCAUUUAUACAUUGAUACAGCACGAAGCCUUGGAAUCUCUGAUUCAGUAGAAAGUGGAGAUGUGGUCGAUAGGGAGGACCAGAAGAAAUUUCUAGAUAGUGUUGAUUUUCUCUCUCAGCAUGGUAUGCCUGCCUUGAUUUCUGAUAUGGAAGCAGCAACAAAAGAAGUUCUCAAAGGAAAGCAGUUGAGUACUUUCUUCAACAGCACAACGCUUCAUGAAACUAUCAUGCAGAUACUCAACACCUUCAUGAGCAUGGGGACUCCAAAUUCCUGGAUAAAGUAUAUGAUACCUGAAGAUGUUAGACCGUAUUCCACAACCUCUGGCAGUGAUGACCCGGUGCCAUUUGACGUGACUGAAUUUGAACAACUUAUGAUUGAAGCACGGGCAGUAUUAUCAAGUGCUGAAUUUGGAAGCAUUGUAGAGAUAUCUCUGAAAGCAGUGGUGGAUACACUGGUGGAGCUUAUGAGGACUAAAUUUAGUGGAGGAAGUGUAGCUGGGGGCAUGCCGCUGGCCAGAGUGUUGCCUCAAGUUGCACAGAUGUGUCCUUUGCUCCUCGGAGAACCCAGCAAAAAUCAGUUCAUCCAAAUCAUUAAAAAUAUACAGGAGGUUGAACUUUUUUUCACUCUCCUCUAUGCAAAUAUGCCACAUGAGUAGUGAUUAAUUAUUUAUGUUUCCAACCAAAGAGAUUAAAUUUAUUGCAUGAAAGGCAUCGGGCAGUGUACAAAAAAUUAAACGAGGUUCAAAAGAGAGAUAUAGGUGCUAAAUUGUUAGCUUUCAUCUUUUCAAUAUGACAUUUCCCAUUUGUUGUAAUUAGUGAUUAGUGAUGCAUAAUGCUCCCACUUUGGCUCAAACGUGGCAUUUGGUGGAACCGGACUACAGUUUGGUUCAUUAUCAGUGCUGUACACGGGAAAUGACUUUUUCAUCUCCUCUAUUUACUUUAUUCAUGUCGUGCUUGUCAGAUUGCCUUUCAAA